GGAGGAUUCGUGAUGUUCUAGAUACUCAGUUUGGAGAUCAACAUUCGCUCGCUUUACUCAAUCGUUUUCCAUAGUUCAGACAAUAUGAGUACUUUCACUUUGCUUGCCUUGACGGCUGCUGCUUCAGCGGCUGUUUUGGAGCUGCCAGUUCAUAUCCAAAAUACAUAUUCCUCAGUAGAAUUUGAAGUUGGUACUCCAGCAAAACCAUACAGAUUCCUGUUCGAUACCGGAUCCACCACUUCCUGGGUCAAUGGUCGUAAUUGUACAGACACUUCAUGUCCUAACAUUAGCGGAUUCGUCCGAACUCAAUAUAAUGAGUUGAAUUCGUCUACAUCUGUCGAUUUAGACCAGUAUGCCAGCAUUCCAUAUAUUGACGGUGAUGUUCUCGCCGGCAAUGUAUUCUCUGAUGUAUUUUCCGAUGAAAAAGGAACGUUGAGCUGGAACCAAACUUUCAUGGCUGCAGAUGAUAGUAGCUGGCGUUUCAUCACCGCCGAUGGAUUCCUAGGCUUGGGUUUCUCCUCGAUUGCGGAGAACAAGACCAGCUCGCUUGUAGAGACCCUUCUUUGGGAGGACAAACUUGACGAAACUCGUUUUGCUCUUUUCUAUGGAACGAACCUCAACAACACCGGUGUCCAGGAUGGUGUUUUGACUAUUGGUGGAAGUCAUGAAGAUGUUUAUGUCGAUGGAGAAGUAGUAUACAUGCCUCUCCGCGUGGAGAGCCCAUAUGAGCUCUGGCGCGCACCACUCCGCUCCGUCAACGUUCUUGCCGCUCACGAGAAUUCAACCGUAACCGUGCAUAACGGUAAACUUCCAUCUACAGACGCACCAGCAAAUACCUGGCCUAAAGCAAACACCACCUGGCCCAUGUACGGCGCAGGGACUGCCGUCUUCGACACCGGCGCCGGACGCAUCUCGCUUCCCUCGUCCAUGAUCGGCGCCUUUUAUUUCAAUCUCGGUUGGAAUAUCACAAAGUUGAUGAAUGGGGAAGAAAGAAUGCAGUGUGAACAUUUAAAUAGCACAUGGGCUGUUUCCCUCACAUUCGGAGAGAGUAAUGAUGAGAGUAACGAUGUGACAUUUUCAGUCAGGGGCGAUGAGUUUUUGACUCCCGGUGAACAGUGCAUGCCACCUGUUGACGACAGUGGUUCAAGCAGCUUUUCUCUCCUCGGUGCUGAUUUCUUGAGAAGACACUACUCUGUCUUUGAUUUUGGUGGAAGCAGAGUGGAAGACUACCAGCCUAAAAUCGGGUUCGGAAAACUUAAGGAAGAGUAUGAUUAUCUCAAGUAGUAUAUAUCGCCAUGUGUAAUUUGUCAGAAGAUGGUAAUUAGUUGACGUUAGCAAAUCUAUACAUAUAUCUUUUGUAAUGGAAUCACAAAUAAUAUGAAUUAUUCA